CAACUGUUUUAUUUCCAAACGAAGCAGCAUGGCGAGGUUUAUUUUAAAAUCGUUUUUCAUCAUAAUUUUAUUCUCACGUUUGGCCUUUUUGAAUACCAUUAAUUAUAUCACAGCUAACGACUCUUGGCUUUGGCCUGAUGAAGUAAACAAUCAAAUUGACCCACGUCCGUCUUGGACCGAGAAAUCUCCGCCGUCCCAUGACAAAGGCCUUAGCCUACGACAAGAAGGAGCUGAUAUUAUUUAUCAAGAUAACCCAUUGCUUGUAGCAACAUUGAGCCCCAAGAGAAAUUCUUCUGUCUGGCAAAGACUAACUCCACACGCUAGGAAGCCUACUGCUAAUUUGACCAAGCCAACCGGCAAUGGCAGUUUUGCCAAUUCUAAGAAUUUACAGUUCAUCACUAAUAAGAAUCCUGUAAAUAUGGACCUUCACAAACGCCCAUUGAAUGAUGUCAAAGACUGGAUAUUCCCAGGGGAAAUUUCUAAGCGAACUUCGGAUUUAAAAUGUGCAGAGUACAAUAAAGCGAUUGAACAACGGAACGUGUGGAUUCUUCCACUAGUUGGUACCUGGUCUUCACCUGUAUCAACGAAAAAAACUAAUCGCCAAAACUGUAGGGGAUUGCAUAAUCCUCUGAUCAUUGGAGGACUUACUGCCCGUCCAGGUGAAUUUUCUCACAUGGUAGCACUCGGCUGGCUAUCCGAGAACAAUGAAGCGACCUUUCUUUGCGGAGGCAGUCUGAUAUCCAAUCAAUGGGUAAUCACAGCCGGUCACUGUACUCACGGAUCUUCAGGACCCCCGAAGAUUGUACGCAUCGGGGCUCAUCAUUUGGGCGAUAAAACAACUGGGAAGAUGAUAGGGGUACGGGAGAUUGUAAGACAUCCAUCUUACAAACCUCCCGCGGUCUAUGCUGACCUGGCGCUUCUGAAAUUGAACAAAACCCUGACAUUUGGGUCGGAUAUAAAGCCUGCGUGCUUGUACUCCGAGUUUGAUACUACGCCGAUCCAAGCAUGGGCGAGUGGCUGGGGUGUCACAGGGAUUGGCAAAGAGCGUAGCGACGAGCUGCUGAAAGUUCGUCUGGACAUUGUAGACAAUGUGGAUUGUGCUCUCCGAUUGAAUCGUUCAACCGCAAUCCCGAGGGGGAUUGUGCCAAGUAUGUUGUGUGCUGGAGAUAUUAGUGGAGGCUGGCAAAGCGAUACUUGCCAAGGAGAUUCUGGGGGUCCUCUGCAAAUAUUGGAUCCUAAUCAUAAAUGUCUCUAUCGAAUAAUUGGCAUUACAAGUUUUGGGCGUUUAUGUGCACUCAAAAAUUCACCUGGCGUUUAUACGAGGAUUUCCCACUACCUGGACUGGAUAGAGAAGACUGUUUGGCCUGAUGAAAAUCGGUAGAGGAAAUCCGUCAACAUGAGUUGGUUGUUUUCGUUUCAAUACCUGCAGCGGAUCUUUACCGAUCAAACAAAGACAGAAGACAAUUGUAUUUUUUGACGAGAAAACAUUAUGUUUACCAUACAAAUAUCUGUAUGAAUAUUGAGUUUUGAGAUAAGUUAGAUUAAUUCUUGGAAGUUUUACUGCUUAACUAUUUUUUAAUUACCGUGUGCUAGAUUGUUUCUCCACAAUCAAUUUGCAAUACGGAUAGAUAGAUAAUUAAAAUAUUUCCGAACAUCAUUUCUUUCGAAUAAUGUAAAAUAACAAUGGAAAGAAGUUUCUUGAAUG